AUGUAUGAACGUGCGAACAUCCGAACGUUGUCAUCAGUGCGCGGAGUGCGAGUUCGAGUUUCAGAGGGUGAGGGUGGUGCGCGCACCCCUAAUGAACGCGCCAGCCGCGCCAACGCCUAUAUGCAAAUGAAUGUUUUGCGGGUGGCACGGGGCCCUCGCAACAACACAACACCACCACAACGAACGGGGACGCCCCGAGAACACCGCCAUCCAACCUCCGUCCGCGCUUUGGUCCCUGAAUACACACUGAUACACACACAC